AGUAACAAAAAUCCGAGAAGUAAACUUCCAAUUAAUGGCGGCGUCCACAAAAAACGAAAGAUGGCACAGUGGAGUUUAAAUCAAUAUUUCAACGUGUUGUACGACAGCUUACAACAGUAUGAUGGAGAAAAGGCAGGGGAGUUGCUUGGAUUCAACCAUCCACAUGUUGCCAAUCCAAGAUUACAGUUGGAAAAGCCUGAGUCAGCAGUGGGUCGAGUGUUUGAACCCCCAUGGGAGGAUCUAGUUGUGGCACAUUUGAGAUGUUGCUGGGCAGUUGGCAAUCAUGAUUUUGUUGAAGCAUACAACUGUCAGUCAUUCAUAGUGCAAUCAUUUACAAAGAUCUUCCAGAGUCAGAAAGAUGAGAACUGGUCUCUACCUCUUCUCUUUGCUAUAUGUUUAGAUCUCAGACUUUUUGCCAACAAGGCAGAUGAGCAAGUAGUGAGACUCGGGAAGGGAAAGUACGGUGAAAGGUUAGAGAAGGCAGCCGAUACUCUGAUGGGAUGUUUCAGAGUAUGUGCCAGCGACAAUCGAGCAGCUAUAGAAGACACCAAGAAAUGGGGAAUGUUAAAUCUCGUUAAUCAGCUGUUUAAAAUUUACUUCAAGAUUAACAAGUUACAUCUGUGUAAGCCUCUGAUACGUGCAAUAGACAGUCUACCAAUGAAGGACAAAUUCAGCUUGUCUCAUCUUAUAACAUUUAGGUAUUAUGUUGGACAAAAAGCCAUGUUUGAUGGGGAUUUUAAGAAGGCCGAAGAGUAUCUCAGUUUUGCCUUUGAACGAUGUCAUAAGGACAGUACAAAGAAUAAACGUCUGAUCCUACAGUUCCUUGUCCCUGUCAAGAUGUUACUGGGACAGAUGCCUAAAUCAGACUUAUUAAGGAAGUAUGAUCUCUUAGCCUUCUUAGAAGUCUCGCAGGCUGUAGGAUCUGGUAACAUACGUCAGCUGAAUGCAGUUAUGGAAAAGCAUGAACACUACUUCAUCAAAUGUGGAAUUUACCUCAUCUUAGAAAAACUCAAGAUCAUAGCCUACAGAAAUCUAUUUAAGAAAGUAUAUUUGAUACAGAAAACACAUCAGCUGCCUAUACAGUCUUUUACACGAGCUUUACAAUGGAUGGAAGUGGAGGAAAUUGAUAAUGAUGAAACAGCUUGUAUCAUAGCCAAUCUUAUAUGUGAUAACAAAAUAAAGGGGUAUAUUUCAUAUCAGCAUCAGAAGUUGGUCGUCAGCAAACAGAAUCCAUUUCCUCAGCUAUCUACAGUGAUAUAAACUGGUACAUGAUGUCAUGUUAUUGUGAACAGUGAGUGGUUGUUAUAGAACCACAUAAAUCUGCCAUGCACUCUAUUAAAUCAUGUACAGUGACUUUCACAACAGUGAUUUUGAGAAAACUCUAGCACAGUGAUUGUUGAGAAACUGCACAGUGAUUAAUGUGUGCCAGAAGAGUGAUUUAAGCUCACAACCUUAUAGUGAUUGCUACAGUCCUAUACAAGACAGUGAUUGUAGUGAUUAAUGUCUGGCAGGACAGUGUUUUUCGACAGACAUUUAAAUGUUAUUGGGACCAUAUCAUGCAGGACAGAUCUUUUAAUAAAACUGUACAGUGAUUAAUGUCUGAUAGGACAGUGCUUUUGGACAGACAUUUAAAUGUUAUUGGGACCAUAUCAUGCAGGACAGUGCUUUUAAUUAAACUGUACAGUGAUCUUUUUGCAUGAAGGCACUUUACUCGUGAACCACUGCACCCAGGACCUUCAAACUUCACAUGCUGAUAGUACUUAUGAGUACACGAACCCUACUGACUUUGGGGCCACCAAGUCAAAGGUCAAGGUCACAGGGGCCAAUGUUAAUUUUUUGCAUGAAGGCACUUUACUUGCGAACCACUGCACCCAGGACCUUCAAACUUCACAUGCUGAUAUUACUUAUUGAGUACACGACCCCUACUUACUUUGGGGUCACCAGGUCAAAGGUCAAGGUCACGGGCCAGUGUUAACUUUUUGCAUGAAGGCACUUUACUCGCGAACAACUGCACCCAGGACCUUCAAACUUCACAUGCUGAUAGUACUUAUUGGGUACACGACCCCUACUGACAUCACCAGGUCAAAGGUCAAGGUCACAGGGGCUAAUGUUAACUUUUUGCAUGAAGGCACUUUACUCAUGAACCACUGCACCCAGGACCUUCAAACUUCACAUGAUAAUAGUACUUGUUGAGUACACGACCCCUAUUGACUUUGGGGUCACCAGGUCAAAGGUCAAGGUCACCAGGUCAAAGGUUAAGGUGCUGCGAGGGCAUUUGUCACCAUUAGUGACACCUCUUGUUCCUUGAUUAUUACAGUCUUAAUGCAUUUCCGUAGAUGAAACUAUAUACAGCUGAUACACAAUACACAACAAUCUCGGAUGAAUUUGAGACCCCAAAGAAUGAGCAUUUAAGAGGUCACUGUGCUUAAUUGGCAACAAUUGCUUACACAUGUCACAUCAUCAUGAGAUUAGUAUGCAUUCUACUACCAGUUUUGUGAUCACAUUUCAUUGUAUAAAUAAUUUUGCCAAAUCCUUGUAGCUGAAGCACAAUUUAGAUUGACAAGUUCUGAGAGAACAAAAAUUUUAUUUUAUUUUAAAUGAUCUGAUUGGUUAACAGAUAAAUGCCACAUUGUGAAUAAACUGAUAAAUGUU